AUGUGGCCGUCAAGCGAGUCUUGGCCUCUACAACCCAGUUCACAAUCCAAGAAGAAUUUUGGAGGUCGGAACCUCAACCUGACUACACAACAAAGAGCCUCAAUUUCUGUGAAAGAGAGAGGUCUCUUGCGUCUCUACUAUGAGAAAAUCUUUCAAAACCUGCAACAAACAAACUGCCGAAUUAUCGCCAAAGCCUACAUCAAAUUAGUUGAGCCGCGCAAGCAAGUCAACUACCCAUACAAUGGGCGGAAGAUAGUUGAAGGGAGAACCCAACAGUUGGAUCCGGAGACAACCAAGCCACCGUGGUGGCCGCAUGGAGUGAGCCAUAGGGAGCCGGAUCAUCUUCCAAAAGUUGAACGCAUUCGACUUUUGGUGUAUAUGCUCUGCGAGAUGCGCGAAACCCACGGAAUCACAACCGCUAGAUUAAAGCAAUGUGAUCAGCCCAUUCGUCGCCAAAUCCUCCCGGUCGAGCGUUUACAAAUCCUGGACGAGGCAUAUCGAGUUCGCGAGGAGGAGGAAAAAUUUCUCGAUGGGAUUUCAGAUGGAAAAUCCGUCUUUAUAUCUCGCACCAAUCUUCCUCAAAUGGUAGAGGACACAUCGAGCGGACAGAGCUCGCCAGCCGAAACAAUCUCUUCUCAGAAUAUCGUCGAAUCUGAGCGCAGCGACGGAAUCUCUAGCAUUGAUAUAACCCACCCCGGAGAUCUGCCGAGCGCGUCACCUUAUAAUCAUUCCAAUCCUUAUAGCCCAGCAAUGAAUCUGGGACCAAACACCCAAUACCAGUCUGUCGGCCCGUCUACAAACAUGCCAACGUCGCCAUUGGAAUUGAGGCCAAAACACGAAUCACUAUCUGCUGGGUCGCAUUUGAUUGAUCAGACACGUCCCGUUAGCAUGACGCAUUAUCCAUACCCUGGCGUAUCUGGCAUUCCACCAGCCCCGAUGCAGUUCUAUGGUGCCCCUAAUUUGUCCCAAGAUGCAGGUGUUCCAAUUACCCAGACCUCGAGAGAAGGCUUGUCAACGGAGACAAUGAUGCCAUAUGGCCACCCCUACUAUUUCAACUAUUGA